AACAACCAUACAACCUGGCUAAUGUAUCCUACACAGAACUGUAAAAUAUUAUAGAUAAUAGUAUAUGUUUUACAUGAUGUGUGGUUUCAGAUGAUGUCUUCCACUGCAAGAAGCAAAUGCUAUGAAGACUUAUUGUUCAUAUCUUCAAGAUUCAUCUACACACAACGCAUCUGUCACAUCACAUUUUCUUUUCUUUUCCUAAAAAACAAAACAACGCUUCUGCAUUGUAUACAUAUACCCUGUUGCGCUUGCAGAAUUUCCGCAUUCCAGCGCUUGUGGCUUAGCUGAAAUAGACAAUCGCUGUGCAAGACCUUAGGCAUAGAAGUAAUAGUCUGCUAUUGUGUACGGGCUCGUAGAUAGAGGGCGAACCAACUGAAAUGAUGUUCGGCAGUCGUCUCUAUCAGAUUAAAUAGGCUAGAGAAAAUGGCUAAAUAGGUGGUGAAUAAUUUGCCCUAGAGUUGCGCAUUUGAGCUGUAGGUACUGGUACGGCGGUCCCGUGGUCUGUCCUGAAUGGUACUGUCUGUUUUAUUAUUAUAUUUGGGUGCUUUGUUUUUCACAUAUAGUGGUUGAUAGUAGUCAAAUGCUAGUUUUCAACGCUGUAAUAGAAUUAUGUAUUUGCUAUGAAUUUGCGUCUCAAUGGGUAGCGGAAUGCAAUUUGAUUCUUUAGUAUAGUAUAGGAUAAGUAGGCACAAUGUAGUAUCAGUUUGCACGAUAUCAAGGUGUUGUAGGAAAAAUAACAGGGUGUCAUAAGAUUUCAAAUGUAUCAAAUGGUAAAUGUGAUGGUACUGCAUCGAAGAAAAUACAUAUACACUACGAAUGUUAAAGGAGGGACAAUGUUUAAUAGUCCCUUUUGCGACCACGUAAGUGUACAGAGUUUUAAUUUGACUUAAUGCAAUGACAUUUCUCUACAUAAUUUCAUGAUUUGUAUAGAAGCAACGACUGGUCCACCCACGGAGGCCCAGACAACAACGCCUGCUGCUUCAACCUUGCGGGCUCCCACUCAGACGGUAGAGGCUACUGCAGCCCCCAAUACAACAGUUGGUAUCACUACAAUUGACACGACUAUCGCCCCGACAAUCACAACUUCUGCCGUAACAACCAUGGUUACCACUACCGCGCCAACCACUACCACCACUACAACGACGGUUGCAACGACUGUUUCAACAACCACUGAAGGAGGAACUACACCAACUCCCCAUCCUUGCGACAGCGGCCAACACAACUGUAGCGUGAACGAAGACUGUGUCCCACGCGGAAAUUCAAAUAGAUACACCUGUGAGUGUAGUCAUGGCUAUGAGUUCAACGGCACAGCAUGUGAAGAGAACGAAUGUGUGAUGGGAAACCACACUUGCCACGCAAAUGCUGACUGUGACAACCGGCCAGGGAGAAAUCACAACUGUACUUGUAGGCCAAACUUUCAUGGGGAUGGCCGUGAAUGCAACAGAUUGGUUCUCGUUUACAUCUCAAUUGUGAUAAUAAACCCCGAGUAUGCUGAUGUACACACAAAUCCGGCCAGGGAGGCAGCUCUAUUACGGUACAUCCUACGAUUGUUGUGGAAUCUCUUCAGUUUUAUCACCCGAGGCGCUACAAACAUACUCGUCAGCAUCAACAUAGUAUACGUGCGAGAGGGAAGCGUGGUCGUCGGUGUAGAGUUCAAUGUCACAGAACCGGACGUGCCUAUGCUGAAAGACAUGGUCAUGAACAUGACUGAACUCGGGAACUUAACUCUCGACGCCAAUCGAACUCUUGUUGGAGACAAUGAAAGUGCCAUCGACGUCGCCCCUGAGGAGUGCUUGGACGGCACACACAACUGUUCUGAAAACGCUACAUGUCAGGAAACAUAUGAGGGGUUCACCUGUACAUGUAUGGACGACUUCCUCGGCAACGGAACGCAUUGUGAACCCAAUCCAUGCCCAGGUUUAGAUGGCUAUGUGCCCUUCGGGGACAACUGUUAUCUGUUCGGCAACACCACGACUGACUACCCGGGCGCCGAGCAGGACUGUAGAGACAACAGCGGUCGUCUGGCCAGGGUCUUUGACAGCGAAACUCACCUAUUCUUCGUCGACUACAUUGAAACCUACACAGAUCAAGCAACGAGUUAUUGGAUAGGUCUAGAUGACAGGGUGGUAGAAGGACAAUUCAACUACUCGGAUGGAACUGCCUUAGGAUCUUUCAACCGCUGGUCGAAUCUAACCCUGCAUAACCAGGACGACAGGGACUGUGUGCUGAUGGCCAAGGGACUGACUCAACCCUGGGACUGGGUUCCUCAGAGGUGCUCCGAUCCAGACUACCGGUACAUCUGCGAAUAUGUGCCAACCACAACUACGGCAGCACCAACCACAGUCGCAACGAAUGCUACAACCGUAAUCACAGUGCCAUCCUCAACGGCGACACCAUUCACAUGUCCCGGCCUGUCAGCCUAUGUGCCGUUCAACAGAAGCUGUUACCUCUUCAGCAACAUUUCAACAGACUACGCGGGUGCGGAGAAUCUUUGUUCCCAAUAUGACGGACGUCUGAUCCGAGUCAUGAACAACGAGACUCACCAGUUCCUUCUGAACCACAUCCUGACGUACAUCAACCAGUCAGUCAGUUUCUGGAUAGGCUUAGAGGACAUCAUGGCCGAGGGAGUGUUUGUGUACUCAGACGGAAGUCCCCUAGGAUCAUUCCACCGCUUCCCUGCAGACUUUGCUAACGAGGCUGGCCAGGACUGCGUCCUGAUGGCUACUGGCUUGACACCACGUUGGGACUGGUGGACUGACGACUGCUUAGACGAUCAUCGAUUUAUCUGUGAAUACAUUUUUGACCCGUGCCGGAGCUCCCCCUGUGAUCCAAAGGCAAACUGCACAAACAUAGAUGAACUGAACUACUCUUGCGAAUGUUUUGAUGGUUACCAGGGCGACGGCUUGAACUGUACAGAGAUAGACGAGUGCCUGAGCGAUCCUUGCGACAUCAAUGCAAACUGCACAAACACCAACGGCUCCUUCACGUGCCAAUGCAUUGUAGGGUACGAAGGGGACGGCUUCAACUGCACAGAUGAAGACGAGUGUCAGACGAGUCCGUGUCAUACAAACGCAAACUGCACCAACACGAUCGGUUCCUACAUGUGUGCGUGCCAAGUGGGAUACGAAGGAGACGGAUUCAACUGCACAGAUAUCAACGAGUGUUUGAACACGACUUGCCACGACAAUGCGACCUGUGUCAAUACGGACGGAUCUUACUAUUGCCAAUGUUUAGUGGGUUAUGCCGGAGACGGCCUCAACUGUACAGACAUAGACGAAUGCGAUGUGUAUCCUUGCGACGAAAAUGCUACCUGCACUAACACCGACGGGUCUUUUACGUGCGAGUGUGUGAGCGGCUAUGAGGGGAAUGGCUUCAAUUGCACAGACGAAGAUGAGUGUCUGUAUGACCCUUGCCAUGCCAACGCGACCUGUACCAACACAGACGGGUCGUACACAUGCAUGUGCAAUCACAACUCCUACUAA